AUGACGUCCGGUGAGGACCGGCGGCGGCGCGGGUGCAAGGCGUCGGGGGCGGCGUGGGCGGGAGUGCCCAUGCUCUGCUUCCCGCUACUCACCGACCAGGUCACUAACCGAUGGCUCGUCAUGCGCAAGUGGCGCGUCGGCAUGCCCAUCAGGUACCAAGGCGCGGUGUUCGCCGACGAGGUGAGGGCCAGGAUCAAGGGCGUCGUGUCUGGGAAAGAGGGGGAGGAGCUCCGGGAGGCGGUGAAGAAGGUGAGGGCGACGCUCGAGGUCACCACAGCGCACGGCGGGCCAUUGCAGCGGAGCUUCGAUGAGUUCAAUGAUAAGCUAACGCGUGCGUUGCGGUGGAUGUUAAGCUCAGCUGUCAACCGAUCGGGCAGAAGUGCUGCACGAGGGCAUCGGGGAAGUGGCUACGGGUGCAGUUUAUAA